UCAGCAGUCUCUGGUCAUCCCCUGCACUGUCUGCAGUCUCUGGUGAUCCCCUGCACUGUCUGCAGUCUCUGGUCAUCCCCUGCACUGUCUGCAGUCUCUAGUCAUCCCCUGCACUGUCUGCAGUCUCUGGUCAUCCCCUGCACUGUCUGCAGUCUCUGGUUAUUCCCUGCACUGUCUGCAGUCUCUGGUCACCUGUACUGUGUCCCUGUCUCUGACCAUCCCUGUACUGUGUCCGCAGUCUCUGGUCAUCUCCUGUACUGUGUCCGUAGUCUCUGGUCAUCUCCUGUACUAUGUCCGCAGUCUCUGGUCAUCUCCUGUACUAUGUCCGCAGUCUCUGGUCAUCUCUUGUACUAUGUCCGCAGUCUCUGACUGUCUCCUCUAGUUUGUGUGCAGUCUCUGACCAUCCCUGUACUGUGUCCGCAGUCUCUGGUCAUCUCCUGUACUGUGUCCGCAGUC